AUGGAAAAGGUUUGGCGCCGGGUCGGGCUCCAUUCCUCCCGCAAGAAAAGGGAUGGAAGUGGAACUAGCAGGGAAGUGACGUCAUCGGCCCCGCCGGAAGCCGAAUACCAGAACAUUCACACGCUGCGGACAGCGGACUUGAUCCGCCAACGGCAGGGGGAGGAGAAAUCGACUCUGCGCUCGUCGUAUAUAAUAAGGAACGGCGAUAAUUUCAUAUUGGUGGAGAGGCGGCGACGCCGACGCCGGAGAAGCGGUACCAGGGCAUCAUCAGGAUCAAGGCAUCAUACACCGCCCGUAGAGGAGAAUGCACGUUCAGAGCAAAAGCGGCGACCCCCUGCAAAGCUAAAGAUCUUCGGUAUUCAGUGGCCUCUGCACUCUAGUGAUACUAGACACAGUUCGAUCACGCGGCGGUUCUGCCGCGGCCGGCGAUCCCGCGACGACAACGAGCUCUAUCGGUCGAACAGUUUCAAGUUCGAGCGCUUCGCCAGGGAGCCGGCGGCCGACGAGUUCACGUCCAGUUCUCAGGUAACCCGCUAUCCUUCCGUUUUC